AUGCCCCCAGUAGACAACCGUGAAAAAUGCCCUUGCUGUGGAAAGAUGGUUCACCCACAAACCAUCCAAAGACAUCUAGCAAGGAUCCAAGCCGCAAGAUUACCGCCAGUGCACCCACCAGAUAUAGGCAACACUACCGCUGCACCAGAAGUAAAUGGCAAGGAAAUGUUGGGCAUACCAAUGGAUGGUUUAGAUUACAACCUGAACAUAGGUGAACCCAAUGAGCCUGAGAAUGUGGGUCUUCCUGCCCUGGCCUUGAUACCUGAUCCGCCGGUUGUCUGGCAAAAUCCACCUGUUACCAUGGCAGACUGGCCUGAGCUCCCAGAAGAUGACCCCAACGGCUCCAAAGGUUCCAACAACUCUGAAUCCAACAUUGGCAAUGUCCCAAUUGAUUCUCCAGAUUGGGAUCCGCCUUUUGAAGAGGUCAACGGCCCUACAGUGUUCCAUCCUGACAACAAAGUGGAUUUCAGCAACAAGGAGUUUUGCAAGUUGAUGGAGCGUCACCUGGGAACAAUGACAGAUGCAGAAUGGUUCAAAUUGUGUACGUUGAAAUAG